GAGAACCCGACUUCGUCAUGUCAAACUGAAGACUGCAGCCUCGCGGCAGCUCUCCCCCCUCCCCUACUCAUGUGACGGGGCGGAGUCCGAGAGGUGGGUGAAGCCGGAAGAAGAAGGGGAGCAAAUUCCCAGGAGGAGAGAUGAGCGGCUUGGGGAAGCUUUUCGGGAAGGGCAAGAAGGCCAAAGCGCCUACCCCGCAAGAGGCCAUCCAGAAGCUGCGGGAGACCGAGGAGGUGCUGGUCAAGAAACAAGAGUUCUUGGAGCAGAAGAUCCAGCAGGAGCUGCAGGCAGCCAAGAAACAUGGGACCAAGAACAAGAGGGCGGCUUUGCAGGCCCUCAAGCGGAAGAAGCGCUACGAACAGCAGCUGGGCCAGAUCGAUGGCACCCUCUCCACCAUCGAGUUCCAGCGGGAGGCGCUGGAGAACGCCACCACCAACACCGAAGUGCUCAAGACCAUGUCGGAUGCCGCCCGGGCCAUGAAGGAGGCCCACCAGCACAUGGACAUCGACAAAGUGGACGACCUGAUGUCUGAGAUCACGGAGCAGCAAGAUAUCGCCCAACAGAUCUCGGACGCCAUCUCUAAGCCCGUCGGCUUCGGGGACGACGUGGAUGAGGAUGAGCUGCUGGCCGAGCUAGAAGAGAUGGAACAGGAAAGCCUGGACAAGGAACUUCUGAAUGUGGGGGAGCCGACCCCCGUCCUUCCCAGCGUGCCUGCCUCUCACCUCCCCAAUGUCCCAGGUAUAUUCACUGCUGGGGUGGCCUAA